UUCACAUGUACCUGAGGUGUUCUGUAGAUUUUCAGUACUUUGUGACCUCCUAGCAUUUGGUUUCCAGAUAUGCAUCUUUCCUUAAGACUCAUCCCUGCCAGAAUCCCUGCUGCGGAUUGCUGCCACAGGCAUGCGCAGCAAACCCGCUAUUGUUGUUGCGAGUUCAAGGACAGGAAGGUACGUUUCUCAUAUAUGCGGAUGAAGUAUCUCUUCAUCUCUUGGUUAGUGGUGUUUAUUGGCAGCUGGGUCAUGUAUGUCCAGUAUUCUACCUACACAGAACUAUGCAGAGGACAUGACUGUAGGAAAAUAAUAUGUGAUAGAUAUAAGACGGGAGUUAUUGAUGGAUCAGCAUGUAGUAGUCUUUGUGGAAAAGAGACAUUGUAUUUUGGAAAAUGUUUGUCAACAAAGCCCAGUAACCAGAUGUAUUUAGGAAUUUGGGGAAAUCUGCAAGGGGUUAUAAAAUGCCAGAUGGAAGAAGCUGCUCAGCUUGAUUUUGGUACUGAUCCAGAACCAAGGAAAGAAAUAAUCCUAUUUGAUAAACCAACAAGAGGAACCACUGUAGAGAAAUUCAAGGAAAUGGUUUACGGUUUCUUUAAAGCGAAGUUGGGUGAACAAGGAAAUCUUUCAGAACUGGUUAACAUCAUUCUAUCUUUUGCUGAUGGAAACAAAGAUGGUAGAGUUUCUUUGCCUGAGGCAAAGUCUGCAUGGGCACUUCUGCAGCUUGAUGAGUUUAUGUUAAUGGUGAUGUUGCAGGAUAAAGAGCAUACUCCCAAGCUGAUGGGUUUUUGUGGGGAUCUCUAUGUGAUCGAAAGAGUUGAAUAUACCUCUCUCUAUGGAAUCAGCCUUCCAUGGAUCAUAGAACUUCUAAUUCCUUCUGGAUUCAGGAGAAGCAUGGACCAGUGGUUUACUCCAUCAUGGCCAAGGAAGGCAAAAAUAGCUAUUGGACUUUUAGAAUUUGUGGAAGAUAUUUUUCAUGGACCUUAUGGUAACUUUCUUAUGUGUGAUACAAGUGCCAAAAACUUGGGAUAUAAUGAUAAAUAUGAUUUGAAAAUGAUGGACAUGAGAAAAAUUGUGCCAGAAAUGAAUUUAAAGGAAAUGAUUAAAGAUCGCCCGUGUGAAUCAGAUAUGGACUGUGUUUAUGGUACAGACUGUAGGACUCUAUGUGACCAAAGUACAAUGCGGUGUACCACAGAGGUUAUUCAGCCAAACUUGGCAAAAGUGUGUCAGCUACUUAAAGACUAUCUGCUUCGUGGUGCACCUUCAGAUAUCCACGAAGAACUAGAAAAACAACUGUAUUUGUGUAUUGCCCUUAAAGUCUCAGCAAACCAGAUGGAAAUGGAACAUUCUUUAAUACUGAAUAACUUAAAAACAUUACUAUGGAAGAAAAUUUCCCACACAACUGAUUCUUAGUUUCUCCACCAGCAGAAGAUACCGUCCGCCACUCGGGGUGGCCUACCAUGUUUGAUAAAAAUGAUCUGCAGCAUUUUGUAAAAACGUGUUCUCAGAUUUCAUGAAUGGCUCUUCAGCUCUUCCCUUCAGUCAGUUCCUUGUUACAGGGCUUCUGAAAGGAUGAACUCACCACCAAGCGAUCUGGCAGAAGCCAAUAGCACUCAUGGUGUUCCAGUGCACUGCUGGGACACAAAAACAAUCCUGCAUGCUUGACUGUUCUGUGCACUUUGUUGGAGCUUGAACAGGAUGCCAUCACAUCAAGUAAUACAACAUCUUAAAAUUCUGUGAAAAUUGUUGCUCACUUGUGAAAUACCUGCAAAAGAUUUUUAUGAGGAACCACCACUAUUGCAAAUAUGGUGGCUGAGUCCAAGUUGCUGUUAUGAAUAAAAUGAACUGAGAUUGAAGUUUACUAAUA